CAAUUCCAUCUCUAUAAAGACCUCCAUGCAACAUUGCAACCACACUACAAUUAAAGACUCUAUAUAUCUCUAAUGGACAAGCUGAAUUUUGUUAGAGAUGGAGGGAGAAAAUUGCCUCCUGGAUUUAGGUUUGAGCCCACGGAAGAAGAGAUCGUGUUCCAGUACUUGUCGCGUAAAACAUUCUCACAUCCUCUCCCGGCUCUUGUGAUUCCAGAAAUCGACGUUUUCAGUAUGGAUCCAUGGCAGCUUGCAGGUGAUUCGGAUUCGGAGGAGGAUAUGUAUUUCUUCAGCAAUGCUCAUGGGUGUGACAAUGAGAGUGAGAGAGUGACGCCUUCGGGUGUUUGGAAGGCGAAUGGAUCGUCGAAAAAGAUCAUUAAUUCUUCGAAAAGAAUGCCUAUAGUUGGGAUUAAGAAAUCGCUGGUGUUCUACAUGAGAUCAAGCACCAAGAUUGUUGCAACUAAUUGGAUCAUGCAUCAAUACUGCAUUGCCCUUCCACAACAGGAACAGAAUAAUUGUUUGGUUCGAAUUGGAGAGUGGAGUUUGUGCCGUAUAUUUAUGAAGAAAGGAGGCAGGCAAGUUGAGGAUGAUGAUGCAAAUUCUUAUUCUGCUUCAUCAUCUUCUCCCAAUUAUGACCCUACUAUUUUCAAUGAGGUCUCUUCAUCUACAUAAUUUAGAAAGUUAACCAUUUUGUACUGUGCUGCAACUUUAGACCAACAGCACUAGAGUAAAAAAGGUAGCCUCAUCUCAUUGAGCUUUGUCUUUGUAAAGCUUCAUUUGCAUUGGCUAGCAGCAAGAAAGUCAUAUUAAUUUUAAUAUAGUAGUACCAUCAGUGUUAGUGGUUUCCUACUUUCUAUAUUUCUAUAUAGUUUCAAUUUAGUUUGAUGCUAAUGCACUACUUUUAUAUACUUUUAUCUAGUCAUGUGCUGAUUUAUUGUUUUAUAGUACUCCUUUGGUUAAUAUAUAAUGCACACGUGUUAAUUUCCUUUAAAA